AGCGCUUGUCGCGGGACUUCCUCAUCCACGGCAUAGUUCCCUUCUACGAGCCGGCCGAGAUCAGGACGAGGGCUGACGUAAUAGUCGUGAAGUCCGGGCUUUCGCGGAACGCGGAAGAUCUCCUCUCGAUAUCGCGUGCCGAUCAGCCUGAACCGGUGACUGACGUGACCACACUGUUUCACAGGCUCCACGCUUUCUUCAUGGCGCUCGAGUACCUGAACAUCUGCGCUUUCUCGCGCGCGGAAGGGCCGCUCAAGUACCUCCAGGAACUCGAGCAGUUCAGGUCUGAGUGCCCGGGUCUGCCGUUCCUGAUGGCAGCCGAUCGCGCUAUACGAAAGAAGAUCUUCCGCCUCCUCUCAGAGCAGAGGGCGACAUACACUGCAUUCUCGCAAGCUUUGCUCGAGGUCCUUAACAAUCACAAGUAUUUGUGGAAUGACGCUCGGACCAGCGUGACGCUGUCGAAGGUCGAGCACAACAGACAGCAGCUCGUCGCGAACCCUGAUCAGCGCCCGCGCGGCGGGAAGAAGAAGAAGCGGCUCCAAACGCCGGGAAAGGAGGAGACGCCGAAGAAGAUCUCUAAGGAAGAUCCCGCCAAAAAGCUGAAGCGGGACGAUCGAAUCCCUGAGAAAGAAUGGAAGCUGAUCGCAGAUGCUGCGAAGAAGGCGAUCGCUCAAGAGCUCGUCGCCAAGAAGACCCCGCUCUCGCGUGAUGAAAUCUUGCAGCUCGCUUUCUAUCUGCCUGAUCAGGGGCAGCACAAAGCGGCUGGCGAACGGGGCCGCGCUUUCUUUGCUGGAGCCUAUCGGCACGGAGGUAUCACCCGCCUGAGGGCCUCGUGCCGCUCGUGGCCCUGGUCGAUCCAGGCGAUCACCAAGUACAUCCAGCAAAAGGUCCCGGAGGUCGUGUUCACGUCUUUCGCUAUCCUUUACGAUCAGGAAGCGAAACCCCAUCGUGAUUCGGGCAAUGACGCCACUCCGAAUGUGGUCAUUAAGCUCAGUGACUCCCAGGGCGACGGGCUCUGGAUCGAGGACCCGCUCGGGCAAGACACUCGAGACAUAGAUGGCCGGGUG